AUGGGUUCUAAGAUUUUCGUAGUUGCGGCGCUUGCUGCUAUUGCUUCUGCGCAACUCAGCGGUCACGGCCAUGACAGCGGUCACGGUCACGGCCAGGCUAUUUCCUCACAAAGCAUCUCUUUGCACCAGACCGAUGCGCAUGCGCACUACGCGCCUAUUGUUGCUAAUCAACCAACUCACUACUCAGCUCACGAGUCACACCAUGAACAUGAACACUACGCUCCUGCUCACUACGCGUUCGAGUACAGCGUGCGCGAUGCGCACACGGGAGACAUCAAGUCGCAGCACGAGUCGCGUGAAGGCGACGCUGUGCACGGCUUCUACAGCCUGCACGAGGCGGACGGCACUGUGAGACGCGUUGAGUAUACAGCUGACAAACACAGCGGGUUCAACGCCAUCGUACAUCGAGAAGAUCAUGCCAAGCACGAGGCGCCUACUCAUCACCAUCACUAGUUUCUUCUAAAUACUUCGCAUUUUUAGUUCUUACUUUAUAGUUUAAUUGAAUUAUGAUUAAUUAAAAUAUCUUUAAUAGUUCUCUA